UCUGAAUAGGCGGGGUUAGUUUGCUUUCCGGGACUGUGGCAGUAGUGUUGGGGGAAUGCAGUAAUAUCUCCGGAUUGUACUGUGGAGGGUGUUAGUUGGUCGGACGACUUAGAGGAAGACUUGAAAUGAACAGAAUACGAAUACAUGUUCUGCCCUCCAGUCGUAAUCGGGUAACCCAGACGCCCCGACCUCCGGAGCCCCAAGCCUGCUCGUUCUCUCAGCGACCAUGUUCACAGCCUCGUCUGGAAGGCCUGGAGUUCUGUAUCAAACACAUUCUGGAGGACAAGAACGCGCCGUAUAAGCAGUGCAGCUACGUCUCCGCCAAGAACGGCAAGCGCUGCCCCAAUGCUGCUCCCAAAGCUGAGCGGAAAGACGGAGUGACGUUCUGUGCAGAACAUGCUCGAAGGAAUGCCAUGGCUCUCCGAGCUCAGAUGAGGAAGGCCUCUUCUGGUCCAUCCCCAGAGGUUCUAUUAUCUCAGCUCAGCAGCUACAACCGUGCAGACACUCAUGGUGUAGAUGGAGGACGCUCCUCAGCUAACCGCUUUCUAGAUGAAGACAGUGUGAGUGAGGAGGAGCAGGGACCCCUGGUACUCGACCAGACAUGGAGAGGAGAUCCUGAUAGUGAGGCUGACAGCAUUGACAGUGAUCAUGAAGAUCCUCUGAAACAUGCUGGAGUUUACACAGCAGAGGAAGUGGCAUUGAUCACACGGGAGAAACUCAUCAGACUCCAGUCCCUCUACAUCGACCAGUUCAAGCGCCUGCAGCACCUGCUCAAAGAAAAAAAACGCAGAUACCUGCAUAACCGCAAAGUGGAGCAUGAAACACUUGGAAGCGGUCUGCUGACAGGGCCUGAAGGUCUGUCCGUGAAGGAGAGGGAAGACCUGAAGAAGCUGAAAGCUCUGCGGCGAUACCGGCGGCGGUACGGCGUAGAGGCCCUGCUGCAUCGGCAGCUCAGGGAGAGGAGGCAGGCUGUGACGGAGGGGGUCACACAGCUCCAGACGAGAACACUGAAUGAAAAAUGCAUCUCCUUCAUUGAGGGAACCAGAUGUACCAACCCCUGCCUGCCGAUGGCCCGACACUGUCUCUCUCAUAUCUACCAGGACAGCAAUCAGGUGCUUUUCAAGAUGUGUCCAGGUCUUAAAGAUGUCCCAUGUGACCGUACUGUACACAUGGGCCAGUCUGAUGAUCCCCGCUGCCCUCUCCACCUCACUCUGCCUCCACCCAUGUACCAGCCAGAGCAGGAACCUCCACCACAGGAGCAGUUCACCAUUGCAAGCAAAGACAUGUAUCUGAGUGCAGCAGAGCUUCAGCCCACAGAGAGCCUCCCCCUGGAGUUCAGUGAUGACCUGGAUGUUGAAGGGGACGGCAUGCAGGGCCCCCCCUCUCCUCUACAGUUUGACACAGCCCUCGCCCUGGAGGACCAGACCAUUAGAGCCAUCGCUGAGGCCCCGAUGGACAUCCUGACCGGAGAAGACCCAGACCAGGUGGACCUGGACACCUCAGGACAGGAGCUUUCAGAAAGAGAUGUGGAUGCCAUCAUAGAUGACCAGGUGGUGUCGGAGGUGGUUGGGGGUGAAGAUGAUGCUACCAACAGUUCAGUCCAAGACAUGAAUACCGCUGCUGCUCCAUGAUGAAGAAGCAUCACGCUGUCUUCCUCUGCUAUCAAAAACCCUCCGUUACUUUAACCAUGCAGUACAAGAGACCAACGACUGGACUUUAUUUGGACAGUUUGUCUUGUUCCUCCUCUGAAGAGACAGACGACUGCUCACUUCCUUAAAUCUGAGACGCCAGGAAGCAAACAUGAGCUCAGACGGAGCAGAGAUAGUUUUUAUGAAAGCUCUGAUCCACUUUGUGUUCAUUACACGUUAAUAAACAUGUUAACUUUACUUGAGCUGCCGGCUGCUUCGGUAGUCCAUCUGGGAAUAAAAAUGUUUGUAAGGUUUUCACUGAACUUCAGCCUGAUAAAAUACUCUAACUCACAUGGCUCAUCUUUUAUUUGUUUUUCUUCCAUAUUUACAAAGAGUCAUUUUUAUUCUCUAAAUGACUUAAACCUGGUGAAGUGUGUAAAUAUGUGACUUCCAUGUUUCGUUUCCACACAGCAAAUUCCUCUAACACAUCUUCUCAUGUCAUGUUUAUUUAUUGUUUAUGUUUUCAGUCACUGAUGGGAUGAAAGGCCUUAAUCUGCACUGUUCAACUUCAUGUAAACCGGAAAUAAAAUAUUUUCUCAUA